CUAGACUGGGUGGAGAAGGAAUUUAUUGAACGAUUCAUCAAUCAUUCAAUUAAUUUUCAAUUUAUUCUGCUAAAAGAUCUCCUCGGAAAUAAAUUAUGCACUUUGUAUUCGAAUAUUUUCAUUGAACUCAAAUACUCAGGCAUUUGCCCAUAAGAAGGAAUGCAAAAAAUCGAUAUCGGUGAAUCGGGACGAAAAAAGACAAUAAAAAAAUUUAUUCGAUUUAACCGCGUCAUAAUAUCAUUGAUGAGGCUAUGAAUCAUGAAAAAUUAGUUUAUAGAAGUUUCCUUUAACGACCGCAACUUUGAACUUCCUGGUGCAAUUUUUUAAAUCGAUUGAGUGGUAACAAAAUUUUUUGUGUCUCUCACACCUGCGGAUUCCUCUUCUCUCAUUAAUUUUUAAAUAACUUUAUUUGAAAUUUUUUCCUCGCACAUCCGUAAUUUUAAUUGUUCAUCGAAUGGCGAACGAGGCUUGAGAUUUUCGUCGAAUUUCAAAGUACCACAUGCAGCUGAAAAUUCUAAUGAGGAAAUGAGAGUGAUAUGAAAGUAAAGAUGGAGCCGGGAAGUCAAGUGGGCUCGUUACCAGGUGCCUCCAUAGAGUUGAAAGCGAGAAGGGCCCAGUUCCAGACACAAGCGUCGACGGUGGACACGAGGAGACGACAGGCUGUGUGUGUCAGAAGGGCGUUCAAAAAAUAUGGAGGGAAAAAUAAUCCUAAUGUUAUUCUCGAUGGGCUCAACAUGACUGUGCCCAAGGGUGCUAUAUACGGUCUCCUGGGUGCGAGUGGUUGUGGAAAGACCACCCUCCUAUCCUGCAUAGUCGGAAGACGUCGUUUAAACUCCGGUGAAAUAUGGGUUCUGGGUGGGAAACCCGGCUCCGAAGGCUCUGGUGUACCCGGCCCCCGAGUUGGCUACAUGCCCCAGGAGCUUGCCCUCUAUGGUGAAUUCACUAUUCGCGAAACCUUUAUAUACUUCGGCUGGAUCGCCGGUAUGAGCACCGUCCAGGUCGACGAGAAACUCGAAUUUCUGCUCCAGCUGUUGGAGCUUCCCAACGAGAAUCGUUUCGUGAAGAGUCUCUCUGGUGGUCAGCAGCGUCGCGUCUCCAUUGCCGCGACCCUCCUCGCCGAUCCUGAGCUCCUGAUACUGGACGAACCGACUGUCGGUGUGGACCCCGUUCUCCGGCAGAAUAUCUGGGACCACCUGGUUCAACUGACGAAAGAUGGCUCGAAGACCAUCAUCAUCACGACGCACUACAUCGACGAGACGAAACAAGCGACGACGAUUGGUCUGAUGAGGGGUGGAAAAUUCCUGGCGGAGGAGUCCCCCCGCCGGUUGAUGGAGAUGCACCGUCUGGACACCCUGGAGGAAGUCUUCCUGAAACUCAGUCGAAAACAGAACAUGGGCCUGAGACGGAGAAGCAGCAUAUUGAGCAGCGUCACAGGUGUUCCCCCGGACAUGGACGUUGAGGACGAAAUGAGCGGUGAAUUUGGUGACAAUGUCAGCAUAUCGAGUCGCCGAAGGAGCACAGCACCACCCGUAAUCAAUGAAAACCUCCCCGAGCUGCCCCCCGAGGAGAAGGGCACGAGUAAAUUUGCACCCCUCGAUCCCCAGCACAUGAAGGCACUGAUAUGGAAGAAUUUCCUCUGGAUGUGGAGAAACGUCGGUGUUAUGCUCUUCAUCAUAGGACUACCCGUUAUGCAAACUAUUCUAUUCUGCUUAUCGAUCGGCAAGGAUCCCGUUGGACUGAGGCUGGCUAUUGUUAAUCACGAGUUGAAUAACAGCAGGCAACCAUGUGAAUCAUCGAUUGGCUGUGACGAGAGGAUGUACAGUUGUCGUUAUCUCAAGCAUUUGUCGACUAGGGAGGUUCAAUACGACUAUUUCGAUACUGAGACGGAGGCCAAUCGUGCUGUGGAGAAGGGAAACGCCUGGGGAUCAUUCUCAUUUCCCUGGAAUUUUACCGAUUCUAUUGUUGCGAGGAUUGCUGAGGGCAAGGAUGCUGAGAAUUGGACUGCUGUGCAUGCGGAUAUAUCUAUUGCUCUGGAUAUGUCGAAUCAACAAAUUGCUCAACUCUUGAAACGUGACAUCUACAAAUCAUUCGAGAGAUUUGCGGAAGACCUUGCCAUUAGUUGUAAUUACAGUCGAAAAGCAGCGGCCAUUCCUGUCUUCUUUAACCAGCCAAUAUACGGACCAGAGGAGCCGAAUUUCACGGACUUUGCUGCUCCCGGCAUAAUUCUGACGAUUAUUUUCUUCUUAUCCGUCGCACUGACGUCUGGAGCUAUGCUGUUGGAACGUAACGAGGGCCUUCUAGAGCGCAGUUUGGUGUCUGGUAUCACUGGCACUGAGAUACUAUUUGGCCAAGUUGUGACUCAAUUUGUGGUGAUGGUGGGCCAGACUGUUAUGAUGCUCGUUUUCGUAUUUGCAAUCUUUAAUUUGACCAUUGAGGGAGAUAUUGGUCUUGUUAGUCUGCUCACGAUACUCUGCGGAUUAUGCGGAAUGUGCUUCGGUUUUGUGGUCGCCUGCAGUUGCGAGAACGAACGCAGUGCCACGUACAUGGCAAUGGGCUCCUUCCUCCCAAUAGUUAUGCUCUGUGGAAUAAUCUGGCCAGUGCAAGGGAUGCAUCCUGUCCUACGUGCCAUAAGUAUUGUCCUUCCACUGACUAAAAGUACAGAGUCAAUACGAGCAAUGCUGGCCAGGGGCUGGGGCAUCAGUGAGCCAACAGUCUACGAGGGAUUCAUCUCGAUUUUCAUCUGGAUACUCGUAUUUCAAACUAUCGCGAUACUUCUCCUCAAGUUCAAGAAGGGAUAAUGAUUUCGCGGAGAGGAUAUAAAUAUCCAGGACGUGCGGACCGUUGUUGAUCGAGGGCGCGUUGAAAAUAUUUACCGGUAUAUACCUCGGGCUGCAAUCGUGUCCCACUGAUUCAGCCGUCACUGAAAGCUCGAUUUAAAUCGCUAUUCCAUAAUUUACGAAUUAUUUAGAUAUUUAUUUUUAUUUUUUUUUUGUGUUUCAUUUUGUUGUUGUGAGCGUCUCAUACGAAAGAAAAUUCUGCUGAACUGAAAUUUUCAUUCGAAAAGUUUCUUGAAAAUUAAUCACGAAUUUUUCAAACCCAUAUUGGGAAUAUUUUUUUUUUUCGGAAGUGAAAGGAAAAAAAAUAUUAAUUGGGUUGAAAGGAAAAUUAUCAAUUGGGCGAUUUUUUUUUUCGUGGAGAUUUUUUUACGGAUGAGUGAUUGAAGGACUUCGUUGUUGUUUUAAAAUUGAUUUAGGAUAAAUUCUGUGUCAUUGUUGAUGUAUAGACAAAAUGUUUUUUAAUUCCUGUAUAUUUAAACUUGGGGGAGGUGAAUUAAAUUUCCCCUGUUCGAUGCUUUAUUUAUGGGCUAUCAAUAUUUUAUUAUUUUCAUUAUUUCUCGGUUGUGCUGUUACGAAUUUUUCAAGUCAACAUUGGGAAGGAUUUUUUUCUUCUUCGACCGAAAAAAAUUCAUCUCAAAGUCUUGACCUGAGGAUGAGUUUUUUUUAUUGUUUGGCAAAUUGAGAUAUUCUUGAUCGUUUAAUCUAGAAUAUCAAUAUUCCCCUUUUGCAAUAAGAAAAAACUAUAACUCAAACAUAUGUAGCAUGUGCCAGCAUAUUUUCACCGCCGAGUAUUUAAUUUUCUUUAUUGUACAGGGCCCUCAUCCAUUUUCUAGACUUUUUUAAAACUAGAUGAAAACGUUUUUUCAAAUUCAUCUAAAAUAAAUUCUCUCUAAUUCAGUA